CCUCCCCCUUACUCCCGCAGAGGCCGCUCGGCCGUGGCGGUGGCAGGGGCCACUGCGGCGUUGGGGCUGUGCACCCCAGUCUAGGGUGGGAGACGCGCCCCGGCGCGUCCUGGUUCUGCCCGGCCCGAGCUGGGGAAGGUACCGGGAGCUCUACUGCUCCAGCCCGCACCCCCGAGAGGGCACCUCAGCCUGCUGAGUAUUCCAGCCUGGCCCAGGAGCGGAGUAUGGCGCAAGACGGGAUAGCCUCGGCAAGCUGGAGCAAGCCAUCCCGGGAGUCAAUGACAUUCAAGGAUGUGGUUGUGACCUUUACCCAGGAGGAGUGGUGUCUCCUAGACACUUCUCAGAAGAACCUGUAUAAGGAUGUCAUGCUGGAGAACUUCUGUAACUUGCUUUCCCUGGGUUUUUCAGUUCCCAAAGAAGAUUUGAUCUCCCUGUUGGAUCAAGGAGAAGUGCUAUGGAUGGUGGAAAGAGAAGAUUCAGUAAACUCCUGUUCAGAUGGGGAAGUCAGGCCUAAAACCAAGAAAUCUCCAAAGCUGAACAUUUCCCAUGACUUCAACUUGAGAGAACUCUGGGAUUGCAAUAUCAAGUUAAAGAAAAAUCACAGCAAGUGGAAGAGUGAGUCCAGACACUUGAAAAUUCUUCUCAGGAAAAUUUCGAGUAAAGGGAAAAAUGAUAAAAGUUCUAGUCUGGGGUCAGUGAUUUCUGACCAACAAAGAUUUCCUGUAGAAAAUAUUCACUGUGAAUAUGACGAAAGUGGGAAGAGGUUUAGACAAAAUUCAGACCCAAUUCACUCUAAGAAGAGAACCUCAAGAAAUAGCUAUUCCAAAUAUAGUAGAUAUGGGGAAUGCUGUGAUCAGCAAUUAGUGCUUACUCAUGGUUAUGAGAAGUACUCUGGAGCCAAAGGUUUUCAAGAUAAUUACUGUGAGAUAGCUUUGACCUCAAUCCCAGACCUUUUGGGGCAUCAGAAGCACCAUAGGGGAGAAAUACCUUCUAAACACAGUGAACUUGGCACAGCCUUCUCCCAUCACUCCUCCAUUACAGUAUGUCAAAGGGUUCAAACUGUGAAGAAAUGGAAUGAAUCUAAUAAACGUGGGGAGGCCAUUUUUCAGAGUGAAGAUCUUAAUAAAUGCCAGAAGACUCACAGUGUAGAAAAGCCUUUUAAAUGUAGUGAGCAUGAGAAAGCCUUCAACCAAAAUGGAGAUGUUGCUGGUGAUCAGAACAUUCCUACUGGAGAGGAAUCCCAUGAAAACAAAGAAUGUGGGAAGCCCUUCACCAGGAAUACUGACCUUAGUAGUCAUCAGAAUAUGCACAGUGGAGAGAAGUCUUAUAAAUGUAAUAAAUGUGAGAAGGCUUUUAGCAGGAGGGCAAACCUUACUUUACAUAAGACGAUUCAUUCUGGAAAAACUGCUUACAAACAUAAUCAGUGUGGAAAGGCUUUCAGAAAGGUCUCCAAACUUGCUGUACAUGAAAGGAUUCAUACUAGAUGUUCUGAAUAUGGGAAGAACUUCAGCCACAGUAGAAACCUUGUUCAACACCAAGAGAUUCACACUCAAAAAAAGCCUUAUAAAUGUAAUGAAUGUGAGAAGACCUUCAGUCAGAGUAGGGACCUUUUUCAACACUUGAAGAUUCAUACUGGAGAAAAGCCCUAUAAGUGUAAUAAAUGUGGUAAGGCUUUCAAUCAGAGUGCAAACCUUAGGGUACACCAGAGAAUUCAUACUGGAGAAAAGCACUAUAAAUGCAAUGAAUGUGGUAAGGCUUUCAAUCAGAGCGCAAACCUGAUUGUACACCAGAGAACUCAUACUGGAGAAAAGCACUAUAAAUGUAAUGAAUGUGGGAGGGCCUUCAGUCAGAAGUCAUCCCUUAUUGCACAUCAGAGAAUUCAUUCUGGAGAGAAACCUUAUAAAUGUGAUCAGUGUGGAAAGACUUUCAGAAAACCAUCCAGCCUUACUGUACAUCAGAAGAUCCAUACUGGAGAAAAGCCCUACAAAUGUAAGGAAUGCGGGAAAGCUUUCCAUCAGAGUACGAACUUUAUUAAGCAUCAGAAUAUUCAUCUUGAAGAGAAGCCCUAUAAAUGUGAUGUAUGUGGAAGGACCUUCAACCAUAGCUCAUCUCUUAGAGCACACCAGAGGAUUCAUUCUGGAGAGAAACCUUAUAAAUGUAGUUAUUGUGGAAAGGUUUUCAGAAACCCCUCCAACCUUUCUGUCCAUCGGAAGAUUCAUACUAGAGAAAAGCCAUACAGAUGUAAAGAAUGUGGGAAGGCCUUUACCCACAGGAGGGAACUUCAGCAACAUCAGAGGAUUCACACUGGAGAGAAGCCCCACAUAUGUAACGUGUGCGGAAAGGCCUUCAAACAGAGAAGGGACCUGAUUCGGCACCAGAGAAUUCAUACUGGAGAGAAGCCCUAUAAAUGUAGUGAAUGUGGGAAGGCCUUUAGCCAGAGUGCUAACCUCAGUGUCCAUCAGAGGAUUCAUACAGGAAAGAGGCCCUAUCAGUGUAAUGAGUGUGAGAAAGCCUUCAGACAGAAGUCAUCCCUUAUUGCACAUCAGAGGAUUCAUUCUGGAGAGAAACCUUACAAAUGCGAUCAGUGUGGAAAAGCUUUCAGAAAUCGCUCAAACAUUGCUGUCCAUCAGAGGAUCCAUUCUGUUGAGAAUCCUGAUAAAUGUAAUGAUUGUGGGAAGGCCUUAAGCCAAAGUAGAGUUCUUCUUAGGCGUCAGAAUGCUCACACUGGAAAGAAACCUUACAAAUGUAAUAAAUGUGAAAGUGCUUUUAGUAAGACUUCUAAACUUGUUUGAUUUGAACUGGAAAGAGCCCUAGAACAGUGGUUUUCAAAGUGUGGUCUGAGUGUGCCUGAGGCCUUUUCAGGGGCAUGAUGAUAUAAGCCAUAUCAUUGGUACCCAUUUUGUUUCUUUUUGUAAUUUUCUAUUCGGACCAUAAACAGCACAAAAUUGCAUUUCUGUAUACAUAGCCAAGCACAAAUUAGAUUGCUUAUGAAAUCAUUUGGAGAGGGAAAGGACAAACCACUUCAGUAUCUUUGCUAAGAAAAAUCCUCAGAUGGACUUAUGAAGAGUCACACAUGACUGAAACGACUGAACAACAACAAAAAUGAAGACAAUCUGCAUUUCAUACCAUUUCCUUUUUUUAAAAAAAAGGUAUAUAAUAAACUUCUAUACUUUCCCUUUU